GCGGAGGGGGCGUGGCCGGCCCCAGCCCGGAAGGCGGCCCCGGGUGCUGGGGAACCACGUGGAAGCGGCGGCCGCCGCCUGUUUUCUGCGCUGCGGACGCGGCUCUGUCCCACCCCGAGGCCGGGCAUGGCGACGGCGGCGAAGAGGCCCAAGCAGGUAGCUGCAGGGGGCAGCCUUACCAAGGAUGGCAGUGCUGACGCCCUUUCUGGCUUCCUGGAUUGGUGUGAGAAGGUCGGGUUGGAGCUCAGCCCAAAGGUCUACGUGAGCAAAGAGGGCACGGUGUCAGACUACGGCCUGUUGGCCAGAGAGGACCUCCAGAUGGGAGAAGUCCUCUUCACCAUUCCAAGAGCCGCGCUCCUGUCCCAGCACACCACCUCCAUCCGGUCCCUCUUGGAAAAAGACCAAGCGUCCCUGGAGAGUCAGUCCGGCUGGGUGCCUCUCCUCCUGUCUUUGCUGCAUGAAUACACGGCCAGCAACUCCCACUGGCGUCCUUACUUCUCGCUCUGGCCUGACUUCAGCAGCAUGGAUCACCCCAUGUUCUGGCCUGAAGAAGAGAGGGUGAGGCUCCUGCAAGGCACUGGCAUCCUAGAAGCGGUAGACAAAGACCUGGCCAACAUCCAGCUGGAGUACACCUCCAUCAUCCUGCCCUUCAUGGAGUCCCACCUGGACCUCUUUGACCCCAAGCUGCACACGCCGGAGCUGUACCGGAGGCUGGUGGCGUUCGUCAUGGCCUACAGCUUCCAGGAGCCCCUGGACGAGGAAGACGAGGAUGAGAAGGAGCCCAACCCGCCCAUGAUGGUGCCCAUGGCUGACAUUUUGAAUCACGUGGCCAAUCACAAUGCCAACCUGGAAUAUUCCCUGGAGUGUUUGAAAAUGGUCACCACGCAGCCCAUCAGCAAAGGCCAAGAGAUCUUCAAUACCUACGGCCAGAUGGCCAACUGGCAACUCAUGCACAUGUACGGCUUUGCUGAGCCGUACCCCGGCAACACGGACGACACCGCCGACAUCCAGAUGGUGACGGUGCGCAGAGCUGCCCUGCAGGGUGCCAGCACUGAAGCGGAGCGGCAGCUGGUUUCUGAGCAGUGGGAUUUCCUUUGCCAGCUGGAGAUGGUGGGGGAAGAAGGCGCCUUUGUGAUUGGCUGGGAGGAAGUGUUGACAGAGGAAGAGCUGUCCAUGACAUUGAAGGUGCUGUGCAUGGCUGCAGAGGAAUUCAAAGAGUUUAAAGAGCACGAGGGCUGGGAAGAAGACACAGAGGAUGAAGAGAGCUUUACUUUGUCUAACGAGACAAUACCCAGACUCAAAGCCUCAUGGAAGAAGCUGCUCCAUGACAGUGCGCUGCUCACUCUGGAGUCUUACAGCUCAGACCUUAAAGCAGAGCAGGACUUGCUCAACGACAAGGUGGUUUAUGGCAAACUGAGCCAGCGAGAGCAGCAAGCCUUGCAAGUGCGCUAUGGGCAGAAGAGGAUCUUGCACCAGUUGCUGGAGCUGGCCAGCUAACAGAGGAUGAACUCAGCCGUUGGAAGCAGGGAAUUGCAGGCUUUGUAUAAAGCAAACCUUGUGCUCUCUCCCCCACUGUCAAGACGGAUGGGGUGGCCAUUUGUAUGGAGGAAGAACAGAGGGUGAGAGUUGAUUUGGACCCAGUUACUCCUGAUAUGUCUGUAUUGGCUUGUCAUCUACCUCUUGACUUUUCUAUAAAUUACAUACCUGUCUUACUGGGGAGGAAAGUCUGUUCAUUAGAUUUUAGCCUGAAGUGUGACAUGCAGGAGGGUUCCCCAUGUUCAAGAACCAACACGGGUGAGAGCUGAGGAGGAAGCAUACCCGGUCUAGCUCUGCUAACUUUGACCAAGGAGCGCUUUGCAGGGAAGGUAGUCAGAAUGAUGAUUUUAUACUUCGCAAGGAUGACAGCUUGAAGUGGAGUCUCCUCAUUCACUGUUACAAGCAUCUCAGAAAAUGCUCAUGCUAGUCAAGAGGGAGUCAAGUCAAGCAGGAACAGCCUGCAGCACUGGUAGUGGUCUGUUCAAAGCCUGAGUAGGGCUGCAGAUUUGUCCAAUCUUCAGACUAAAGCCCGUAGAACAUUUCAGAACCCUUGAUCUGCUACAGUUGGCUCAGUGCCUCUCCCUUGGACUUCAUUCCGCCUAUGGUCAAGCAACAAACCAUGAGACAGCUAGCAUCAUACUGUGUUUGGAGGUGCCACUGAGACUAACAUAGGCUUUUAGUGCUGAUUAGUGUUAUGCACUUUUUUUGGCCUGUACAUGACAGGAUGUUUUUACCUGCUGCUUAGAGGUCAAGAAUUCCUCUGUGAUGAGGAGUGGCGGCUAUUUUGCUUGCUUAUCUGCCUUCCUCAGUCAGCAGAGAGCAGCUAAAUGAUCUGUCAUGCAUUAGGUAAGGGAUCCGUGGCAUCACAAGUUGUCUUUAGGAUUGCACUACUUUCUAGAGGCCUGGAUGGUCACUGCUAGAAUCUUAAGAUCCUGGAAUUCCCUAUUUUAAGGUAGGUACAUCUCUAGGAAUGCUAUAACUAGGCCACCUCUUUUUCUCUGGAUGAUUAAAAUAGGGCUGAUGCCUUAGUGAAAUGGGUUUUUUUUCCUUGCCUGUUAAUACUAAAGGCUCUGUAGGUCCAAUUAUGCCCUUUGAGUACAAAUUCCUUUGCUUUCAUAGUUUGAGCUGGACUCUGCUGGUGCUGCAUGCUGACAGGAGUAGUAGCUGUGUGCUUGCUAAAAUGAAGGUAUGACAGAAUUCACACAGGGAAGAGGUCAGCUGCAGUAAGGUUUACUUACCAGAGCUUUUGCAUCUGUCGUCUUUUAAUCACUUGUACUUGUCCAGUUGACAGCUCGGUCCCUGAUUUCCCCUUAUUCACCACUGCAGUAGUUGAAGCCUUUAAGUAGGCAGGGGAUGGAAGAUGGGCUUGCAUUUCUCCCACCAACUGAAAGUGGUGGGGCAGUGAGCUUUUCCUUCACCAUGAGUGACCUGAAAUACUACUGUGGGAUUGGCCACAGGGUGUGUGUACACUGGCUUUUGACCUCAGCUGCUGGUCUUAAGCCAUGGUUGAAUUGCCCAGGGUCUAGCCACAGGCCUGCUUCCUUCACCCAGACAGAAUUCACUGUAUGGCAGGACCCUAAUAGAGGUGCCUACUAAAGAGAAGGAAGCCCUUAGCCAGCACCCCCCAACUUCACUGCAGCCAGGCAAUGAUGCUCUCCCUCAUUCUGCUUUGCCAGCUUCAGGCAAUUUUGUAGGAACAGGCUCAGUCUUUUGAGACAUUGCUUGAUUAAAAACCAGACAUGCUAGAACUUCAGCAUAACAAAUGCUGGCCAGGCAUCUAUCCACUCCCUUCAGUGACUAUUUAGUUCAGUUCUUGAUAUGGGCUGCUACAGCUGAAAAGCAGUUAGUUGACUGGAUAACAGCACCUAUGCUGCUGGUAUCCAAAGCACUGCUGCAGCCCAAGCUAGGAAGAAGGGGAACCUAGGGUUUUUGUUGGUAUCUGCAACAAAUGACCAAGUACCCUAGAAAUUCAUUUACCAUAGGGAACACACAAUGUGGCAGGGCUUCUGUGGUCAGGUUUCAUUUUAAUCAUGGAAAACUUUGGAUUUUUUCUCUUCAUAAACUAGGAUCCCUGCUAAUAACUAGUAAGGCCUCUCACCACAUUCAGCUGGAGUUCAGUGCAGGUGGUGGCCUGCCUGCCAGAACUGCUUAGGUUUUGUCCAACUGCCUCAAGUAUUGUAGAGAUGUGCUGUACAAAAACACUGUUCAGAGACAGUUUAGGGUGCCAGAGUUCACUGUUGUUGGAUCCUUAGCUCUAGUUUGUAUGUUGCCAAGGAAGACAACAUUAAGAUGAACAUGUAACUUUGUAGGCUACUGUGUGGAGUUUAAGAAAAAUAAGUAGGCAUUUUUACAUGAAGUUGUCAAACUGAACCUUGAUGGAUGAAAGCCACCCUAUUAAGGGUCAGUAAUUAAAAGACAGCUACACAUAAGAUCAGAUUCCUUCAAGGGAAUUUAUGCAGGAAUUAUAUUUACUUGGUCACCAAGAAUUAAGACAACUGAGCUAGUUUACUGCUUUAUCCACUUUCCCAUAAUGCUAUAUUAACACAGAGGCUAGUCUAGCCAGGAAAGUACCCAAAGCUCAAGUUUGGAUGUUUUGACAAACUGCUAAUGUCAUCAUUUGUGCAUGUGAAUUUGUGAUUAACCUAAUGAGCCUCCCUCAUGUUACACUACCAUCCUCUCCUUUGAGAUUGGAGUUACAAACAUGACAUUUACUUGAAUUUUCUCAGCAUUAGCUCAAGUUCAAAACAUGUCUAAGAGGCCUGACCCAGGUAGUAUUGUACUAUAGUGUCUUUCAAGUGAAUGACUAGAACAGUGUUGUGUAUAAUGGUACUACCAAAUAAGCAGAGCUGCACUUGCUGCAUGUCAUGACUUUAAUGUGUAACUACAGUAUGCAUACAUACAAGAAGUGGGAGAACUAAAGCCCAAGAACUAGAAAGGCUACAAAAUACAACACAUGGACCAAUACAUUUACAAAACAUUCAAAAUCCUUACAAAAUGGGCUGUAUUGGUCCUUUGUUCUUUUUACAAACUUAUGCUGUGUGGCCACAGGGGACAGUUCUAGAUUUAGGUCCCCCCUUCCAAAAUUUACAAGUGUCAGGGGGAAAAAAAUGCUAUAGGCCUUGUCUCUCUACUAAAAACAGCCGACCCUCUCCCAAAGGGCCUGACGUUUAUCUUCUCCAAACAGAAAGGAGGAGGGCUCUGAAGCCUACCUCCCCCCACUGUCAGCAGUUGAUUGGGGGGCAGGAGGAAGAAGCAACACUAGACCUUGAUCCCAACCCCUCCCUCCCACAUUCCAUAGUAUUCUCAUAUCCCAACACAUCCACUUCUUUUUUUUAAACAACUUAGUGAUUUAAAGGUCCCCCAUCCACAAAGAAAAAAAAAUAAGUUACAUAAUAUUUAAAACUGGCUUUUCAAUAUUCUUUGGGAGUCCGGGAAUGUCAGGACAAGGAGGUCUGCCCUAGACAAGUGCUUGGCAUCAGCAGCUGCCCCUUUAUUACAAGCUGGACAGGCACCAGUUAUCUACCUGCCUUUAACACAAUUUGCACAAACCCAAGAAGUCCAGACAAACGUUUCGGUUCCAUGUAUUUACACUAGUUCAAAAUGAUAUUCACAGCAUCUUCUGAAUUUUGGCCAAGAGUCAAAAUUUUGCUUUAAACUUUGGAACAUGCCACACAGACUUUCACCCAAAGGCUGCUUGUGUGUACUCAAAUCGAGGGGCUGGGAAGGUCAGGAAGAGCUUUAAGGAUUCUUCUGUCAGUUUGAUGGGAAGGGGACCUCCAGGCUGGCACGCUUACAAUACAAGCUGCAGUUCAUCUAACUGGCACCAGUCCCUUCCAUGACUUGCUGUGCCUGCUUCUGCCCCAUGCAGCACUGUGCAACUGACUGAAACAACCUAAACAUGGACAGAAGAGCAAAAAGUUGAGACCAAGCUAGAGUUCAGUCUAAAAAUCUUCAUUUUGAGACACCUUCAACAUGGGGAUUUCCUAUAACCAUAGGAAUACAAGCGCUCACAACCCACGUAGCACCAAGCUGCAUUUUGAGAUGCUAUUCUGCAGUAGCAGUCAUGGAAGCUACAGCAUAAUGGAUCGUUCUUUUUCCAGUUUGAUUGAUUUAGCUUUCAGACAGGAAUACAUUGAUUUGAGACUUUCAAAAAGAAAGCCACCUUCCACUACUGAACACAACAUUUAGAGAUUUAUGAAAUAUCUAAUUACAUGGGAACAUGCUGUCAUGGGGUUAUGCAAUCAAAUAUGCAAACAGAGGCACCACAGUGAGGUGGACAGUAAACCGUCCUGGGAGUAGGACAAGUUCUAUUCUCACUUCUGCCAAUGUAUUCUAACAUUGUGCCUCAUUCCCCACAAUCUGUAAAAUGCAAUUAUUUCACCUGCUUUAUGGAUGCACUUAGAUAUCUAUCCACGUAAAGCAUUUUACAAGGCCAAAGUAGUAAUAUUUAUUGUCACCUAUUUUAUCCAAUGGGGCUGUGUCAGCUUAGUAUGAAAUGGAAUAUCACCACUGAUAUUUCCAUUACGUGACUGAAUAAACCAAGUGAGCAUGAGUUUGUAAUUAAACCAUACAAAAAGUUAUCUACUCACUUCUCAAUUUCUGGAGCACAGUGAACAAACUCAUGGUUCCAGAAUUUAAACGCUGGAUUUUUUAUCAGCUCAAUGAAGGUAAUGAGGAGACCCCAUGGGUGAGGCCUAUUUACAAUCAGUCGUUCCAACAGUACCCUGAAGUACACAAAGAAAAAAAAACAGGGAAGGCUCAACACAGAUCUCCUAGACAGACAAGGAUAUUUACAGCUACAGCCCAGUGAAGAGAACACAUAGGUUUGCUUUUUCUGUAGCACUAGACAGUAACAUUAUACAACUCAACACCUGCCUCCAACUCUAGAAGUCAUUUUAUGUCAAGCAAAGUGAAAAGUUGAACUAUAAAGGUUGUGAAUGUAACUGCCCCUCCUCACCUAGUGAUCUGUUCCUGGAUAGCCUCAGUAUUGGCCUCUGCAAAUAGGUAAAGCAUGGUACAACUGAAAUAGUGCGUAUGGCUGUUUGGGUACCGCAGCUGAUUGGCAAUUGCAUUCAAGAAGAGGUACCGACCUGGAAAGAGAGAGCAGGCGUUUAGUAGGAAGGAAUUGGUUUCCCUUAGACAACACAAUGUCGCAAGGAAGCACCCUAGCACCGCUUAUGGAUUCAGUUGUACAGCUCUGUACUACAUAGUUUAAAGAAACUUCAGUUAAAAAAAGCUAAAAAAAUUAGGGGUGCUUCACAACACCGAUCCCAGCUGGAGUUCUUGUACCAAGAGUCUGGGCUUCCUCCUCAUGAGAGGUGUUUCAGAGCAGUGCAUCCCCUCAGGUCUGCAACUGGCCCAGGAAGGCUGAACAAGAUUUCCUUUCAUUGUACAGAUUCAAAAUUUGCUGCCAAAGCAACACUCCUACUCCAAAUUCAGAAUCUUCUAUUACGUUAACUAAUAUUCAUAAAGCACUUUAAAAGAUGAAAGUUUCAAAACGAAGUGUUACAUGCCGAGUAUUAUCCUGUUAUAACACUUCUUAUAUUUCACAAGCCAUGCAGGUGUAAAUCUAACUUUUGCAAUCUUACCCACUACUACUAAUCUUGGAUGGAUGCUAUUUAUUAAAUUCUCCCAGGACAGAAAUACCAGUUUGAGUGCCGAUUAUUCCAGACUCUAGAGAACAUGACCUUGGUGUCUAUCUUGAAGCAAAGCUCACUACACUUAAAGGUUAUACUGAGUAAAGGGGGUGGGAGGGUGACUAGCUGAUCUCAUCACAUAAGUAAGUCUCCACUAGAGGAAAGAAUCAAUAUUUCUCCAACAAGAUUCAAAAUCUAGCUCACUCCAAAAUUAACUUUUUACUUAGCGAAUUGUCAAUGUGUUUCAGAAAAGUUUAGUUCCAAUAAAAUAUUUUUAGCGUAUUCAGAAUUCUAUCUUCUAAUGCAGCGUUGCUUAAUACAAAACCACUAGCAGUUAAGUGGUAUUUCAGUUUUUUCCACAGUACCGAGAACUAAUCUGCAAAAAGAAAAGGAGGACUUGUGGCACCUUAGAGACUAACCAAUUUAUUUGAGCAUAAGCUUUCGUGUGCUACAGCUCACUUCAUCGGAUGCAUCCGAUGAAGUGAGCUGUAGCUCACGAAAGCUUAUGCUCAAAUAAAUUGGUUAGUCUCUAAGGUGCCACAAGUCCUCCUUUUCUUUUUGCGAAUACAGACUAACACGGCUGCUACUCUGAAACCAGAACUAAUCUGCUCUCUUAACUAAGAAGGUUUCAAGAACCAUUUCAGGCUAGAAGCAAACAACUGAUCCAGAGAAGUUCCACUUACCUUCUGUGUCCAGGUCCACAGCCAAGUUCUGGAAGAUGUCCAUGUGAGCUGAAUGGGUGAUAGUGCUCAUAGAGGGUGUGCUGCCUUUGUUGUGAAUAUGUGCAAUAGCCUGAGUGCCUACAUAGAGCACUAGUGCAUUAAUCAGCUGGAUGUUGUAGCGAUUGCCAGGUUCAUUUGAUACCUAGGUAGGCACAGCACAAGAAAAAGGUUAGCUUUUUACAAUCAUUCAGAGUUCUUAGGGACUGUGAACGAAUGAUUUGAAGAGAUUUUCAGCAUUCAAAUAUCUGCUUUAUGCAGAAAGUAAUGUCUAAUUAUAAAUCUAAAGUCUCAAAUUUGGGUUUCUUACUUUGUAGAUAGUGCUUGCCAAUACCUCUCUCUAAACUAAAAAGAGUAUGACAGACCUGAGACAGACUCUAAAUUAAAAUUACAGCCUAAAUUAGGUCCUAAUAGCCAACCUUUAGUACCUAAUUCUGUGGCAGGUCAAGCUCUGCAGUUACUGAAUUCACAUUUAACAUACACUAAAGUGGUCUUUAGCUUCCAUGGCCUGAUUUUCAGAAGUUUGUGUAUACAUGAAACAUCUGCAACUACAUGAAACCAUGUACCAAAUCUGAAUGUAUAAUUACACAAAUAAAAAGGAAUUUCCAUUAACAAGUGA